CAGGGAACUUCCAUUACCCCGGAGGACUACACGACCUUGUGGGGGUGGAUCACGUUCCAUUGGGUUUGGCCUCUUAUCAAACGCGGCACAAACACGACGUUGAAUGAAGAGGACAUCUGGGCUAUGAGCCCUGCUAUCCAGUCUCGACCCGUCUUCAUCAAAUUCAGUGCAACGAAACGUGACACGCUCCUCCGUCGACUAUGGGCUGCGAACUCCUUGGACAUUAUAUUGGAUUUCAUGUUGACAUACGUCAGCGUCAUCUUCAACUAUGCCAGCCCACGUAUUCUCGAAGCCAUCGAAGACCCAACGCCUGAGAGACACUCCCAGGCAUACAUAUACGCAAUGCUCGCCUUCGUAUGUACCGUAGCGAAGGCCCAAGCCGACGUCCAGCAUCUUUACUUUGGACGGCGCGCCUGCACGCGCAUGCGUUCAGAGCUGAUGGCGUCCAUUUACGACAAGGCGCUUAAACGGAAGGAUUUCUCAGGCAUUGUCGAUAAGGAUAACGUCACGAAGAAGGCGCCGGAUGCGAAGAAAGGGAAGGAGGACCCUAACGCGGAUGACCCGAAGGCGGGCGCGGACGUAGGAAAGAUUGUGAAUUUGAUGGCCGGGGAUGCAAACAGGAUUGCACAAAUGGUUUCGGGGGCGUAUUUCAUAUACGGAGGUAAGUGUUUGACCUUCGAUGUACCUAUUUCGCGUAUAUUGCUGGGCAUCUCCGCCUUCGCUGGUUUCUUCGUCCUUAUUUUGGGCUGGCCGCUCAACAGCUUCAUUGCGCGCCGCAGUAUCAGGAUCCAGAAAGGCGUCAUGGCGGCUCGGGACAAGCGCAUGGGCGUGCUCAACGAGCUUAUUGGUGCUGUCAAGUUUAUCAAGUUCUUUGCAUGGGAGGAUCGGUGGAUUGAGCGCGCGCUCGACGCGCGCGAGGUUGAAAUGGGCUGGAUGAUCAAAGCCCGGGUGAACUCGGUCAUGUUUUCGAUGUUGUGGACGUGUGCGCCUAUCUUGGUGUCUGUUAUCUCGUUCUUCACGUUCGUGAUGCAGGGGAAACAGCUGACCGUCAGCAUUGCAUUCACGGCAAUCGCGCUCUUCAACAUGAUUCGGGCACCCCUGAACGUUAUCCCAGCAUGGAUCGUUCAGAUUCUGCAGACUGGUGUCGCGCUCAACCGUAUCUCUAUCUAUCUCGAUGAAGAAGAGGUAGAUGGGCAAGUGUCCUCUCUCAAGCGUUCCCGCUCAGGACCCCCAUCCGCGUCGGACAUUGCCAAGGGCUUUGGGCUCGAGAAUGCGUCUUUCAAGUGGAAUGAGUCGGGGGACCAUCGGUUCGAAUUGAGGGACAUAUCGGUCAUGUUCCCCGAGGGCGAGUUGACUGUGAUCACGGGGCCAACUGCGAGCGGGAAGACCGCUCUCCUGAUGGCGCUAUUGGGGGAAAUGACGAUGCUACCUGGAGGCCGCCUUAUCAUGUCGAAGGACGUCUCGAACGUGGAUGAGCAUGGCCUCACGCAGUCGUUCUCCUAUGCUGCUCAGUCACCGUGGCUCAGGCAUCAGUCCAUCAAGGACAACAUCCUGUUUGGAUAUCCGUUUGACGAAGCGCGCUACGAGGCGGUAGUUGAGUGUUGUGCGCUGAGACCGGAUCUCGAGAUCUUGGAAGAUGGCGACACGACGGAGAUCGGUGCUAGAGGCGUCAGUCUGUCCGGAGGACAGAAGGCAAGAGUUGCGCUUGCCCGCGCAGUAUACGCGCCUUCAAAAUACGUGCUUUUGGAUGACCCAUUGAGCGCUGUUGAUAGUCAUACUGCUCGGUUCCUAUUCGAUAAGCUUUUGAAAGGGCCUCUUCUCGCGCACCGCACUGUCGUCCUUGUAACUCACCACGUCGAAUUGGUCCUCCCUGGCGCUCACUAUCUCAUCCGCAUGCUUGAUGGACGUAUCGACACCCAAGGAACUGUGGCCGAUCUGCGUGCUCAAGGCGUUCUUGAUGACAUCGCACACGAGUCCGAGGUGCAGGUCCACGAAGAAGAACAAGCUAUUGCGCAGGUCGUGCCAUCUGCAGAAGAGGAGGCUGUGGAAGUCGCAGGUGAAGAGGAGCCGGCAAAGCCUGCUCCAAAGGAGAAGAAGCCUAGGCAGUUGGUGAAGGACGAGCAGAGACAGGCUGGCGGCGUUAAAUGGGCUAUCUACAAAACUUACCUGCGCGCCUCAUCGUAUUGGACUUGGGCUAUUCUCGGGUUUCUGAUUUUUGCUUCCCAACUCUUGGGCGUCACAGAGAAAAUUUGGAUCAAGAUCUGGGGUGAAGCAUACGGCGAACCUACGACAUCUUCUGCCUCGGCUAUGUUUAUGUCUUUCUCGGCCAUUGAACAUGAACAUAUCAUGGAUGGUCCUCUUGGCCCUCAUCACCUUUCGCAUGCCGUGCACAGUAUGCAGGCUGCUAGCAUGCCUCAUACGCUCUUCUCUUUACCCAGCGCACAGACUAAUCCACUAUUCUAUAUCAGCAUCUAUGCCGCGAUAGGCCUUGGGACUGCCCUGGUAUAUGUGUUGAGCGUAGUGACACAAUACACAGGCGCUUUGAGGGCCUCGAGGGUCUUGUUCAAGAGAUUGUUGGAAACUGUUGUACGGGCGACCAUGAGAUGGCAUGAUACGACUCCGCAGGGCAGAAUGCUAAAUAGGUUCAGUAAAGACGUUGAGACCGUCGAUUCAUCCCUAGCCAGUUCUCUGCAAGCAGUCAACUCCUCCCUCGCAGUAUUUGCUGCGUCUGUGAUCACCGUUGCUGUCAUCUUCCCGUGGUUCCUCAUUCCUGCAUUCUUCAUCGGCCUUGCGUACCGACAGCUUGCGAUUGGGUACCUCAACACUGGACGCGACUUGCGGCGAAUGGAAUCUAACACGCGUUCGCCCAUCUUCUCCGGCUUUGGUGAGCUGUUGGAGGGUAUUGUGACCGUGCGCGCAUUCUCUGCUGAGCAGCGCUUCUUGGACGGUUUGCAUGCCAAGAUUGAUCUAACGACCCAGAUGUGGUAUGGCUUCUGGAUGAUGAACCGUUGGCUUCUUCUCAACUUCGACACGCUCGGUGCCUUCGCGGUCUUGGUCACAACAGUUUUCUCGCUUUCGGGUUAUGUCGACGCCGGUCUUGCUGGCCUUUGUAUCACAUCGGCAAUGGCGUUCACGACGAGCGUAUAUUGGGCCUGCCGUUUCUGGACGGCGCUCGAGCUUGAUUUGAACUCUGUUGAGCGUGUCGUUGAAUAUCUCGAUCUUCCGCAAGAGCCACCAACCAUCAUCGAGUCCUCCCGACCACCCGCUUACUGGCCUUCCAGCGAGAGCAAUGAGCUGGUCGUUGUAGAGGACUUAGUGAUCAAGUACGCCCCGGAGCUUCCGCCUGUGCUGCACAACGUUUCGUUCUCGCUGAAGUCGAAGGAACGAAUCGGGCUGUUAGGCAGAACAGGAAGCGGCAAGUCUACAUUGGCAAUGAGUAUCUUGCGAUUCGUUGAUCCUGCUGGUGGGAGGAUUUUGGUCGACGGCAUUGAUAUAUCUAAGAUCGGCCUUCAUGAUCUUCGUUCACGCGUUACAUUUAUACCUCAAGACGCAACGCUCUUCUCUGGAACCUUGAGAGAAAACUUGGAUCCAUUCAAUGAGCACGAAGAUAUCGAGUGCAUCGAUGUAUUGCACCGCGUGCAAAUGCUCACAGAUAGCGCGUACCAGUCGCAGCGCACUUCACGUCAGGCUUCUCGCGCGCCCUCCCGUCCAUCAUCACCUGGAGAGUCCCCUUCACCCACCCAUACGGCGGAUCCUUCAGUCGGCUCCGCCACUGAAAUCGAAGCGCGCACCCCCAUCUCCCUCGAUACACAAGUUUCACCUGGUGGCGUCAACUUCUCGCAAGGCCAGAGGCAGUUGAUUGCCAUGGCGCGAGCACUGUUGAGGCGAAGCUCCAUCAUUGUAUUGGACGAGGCGACGAGUAGCAUCGAUUUUGCCACGGAUGCCAAGAUCCAAGCGACAAUCAGAGAGGAGUUCGGUGGCAGUUUGCUGUUGACUGUUGCCCACCGGCUCCGCACUGUCAUCGACUACGACAGGCUGAUCGUACUAGACAAGGGCGCAAUCGCCGAGUUCGAUACGCCACUAAAUUUGAUCAGAAAGGAGGAUGGGAUAUUUAGAAAGAUGUGCUUGAAGAGCGGGAUGUUCGCGGAACUGGAGCAGGUGGCAAUAGAGAAAGCGGAGAAAGACGCAAGUACCAAGUAACGAGGCGGCUUAUAUUCUUGUUUUGGUAGUUCACUGGAACCUGGGUGGAACAAAUACAUUCUUUUCUUCCUCAGAGUU